CUGAAAACAUAUAAAAGGUGGAGGGCUCACACUGCUCUUUCUACCUGCAGGAGCAUCAGCUCUGCAGUCAGGAUGAAUCUCUCUAUUUUGACUGCAGUCCUCCUUGGGCUGGUCCUGCAUCCAGCCCUCGCUCUAUACUCUCAGAAGACAAGUCAAAAUGGGCAAAUCAUCUUUGGUCAAGACUCCCAGAUCACUAUCACCGGUAUCUCACAAGGCGUGAGGAUCAACAGUCAAACAAGGGUGGUAAUAAUUGAGCAAAAGACCAGAAAUUUAUCAUGGAAAACCAUCUGGAACUACAACAGGGGCAUCAUUGCAACCAAAGUCACACAACAGAACGCCUGCUACAUUUCUGCCAUGAACAGAAAUGAGAUCCCCAGUUUUGAUAAUCUGGCCCGCCUGGCUGCAGAGAGGAGGAACCAGAUCGGCCUUGGAAGAGCCAGCAGGAGGAUCACCUUUGUCACCAACGGACUGGUCAACAACCUCAGCUCCUACGGCAUGGACAUCAUGGCCAUGUGCAGUGGAGUCACCACCUACAGGGCUCAGCAAGUUCACGUUUUCCAAGGGCUCCAGGUGAAUCUGGGAUCCUGCAUCACCCUCGAUGUGCUGAGAGUUGUGGAGCUCAAGUACUGCAAUGGCAAUGGCAACUGGAAUCAGAACUGGACUGGCCAGUGGGAUCACAACUGGAAUGGCAACUGGACUGGACAGUGGGAUCACAACUGGAAUCACAACUGGACCGGCAAUUUCCCGACUCAGCAGAUUCCCGGCGGCAUCUUCAACCACACGCAAGUCAUCAUUGGUGGCCAUAACCAAAUUGUGACCAUCAACAGGCAAUGGCGCGUGGCAAUCAUUGAGCACAAGAGCAUCAGCGGCUCCUGGAAAACCAUCUGGAACUACAACACGGGCGUCAUUGCAACCAGAGUCAGGCAGCAGAACGCCUGCUACAUUUCCAUCAUGAACAGAAGCGAGAUGCCCCGCUUUGAUAAUCUGGCGCGGCUGGCACAAGAGAGCAGGAACCUGAUCGGCCUUGGAAGAGCCAGCAGGAGGAUCACCUUUGUCACCAACGGACUGGUCAACAACCUCAGCUCCUACGGCAUGGACAUCAUGGCCAUGUGCAGUGGAGUCACCACCUACAGGGCUCAGCAAGUUCACGUUUUCCAAGGGCUCCAGGUGAAUCUGGGAUCCUGCAUCACCCUCGAUGUGCUGAGAGUUGUGGAGCUCAAGUACUGCAAUGGCAAUGGCAACUGGAAUCAGAACUGGACUGGCCAGUGGGAUCACAACUGGAACCACAACUGGACUGGCCAGUGGGAUCACAACUGGAAUGGACAGUGGGAUCACAACUGGAAUCAGAACUGGACUGGACAGUGGGAUCACAACUGGAAUGGCCAAUGGGAUCACAACUGGAAUGGCAACUGGACUGGCCAGUGGGAUCACAACUGGAAUCACAACUGGACCGGCAAUUUCCCGACUCAGCAGAUUCCCGGCGGCAUCUUCAACCACACGCAAGUCAUCAUUGGUGGCCAUAACCAAAUUGUGACCAUCAACAGGCAAUGGCGCGUGGCAAUCAUUGAGCACAAGAGCAUCAGCGGCUCCUGGAAAACCAUCUGGAACUACAACACGGGCGUCAUUGCAACCAGAGUCGGGCAGCAGAACGCCUGCUACAUUUCCAUCAUGAACAGAAGCGAGAUGCCCCGCUUUGAUAAUCUGGCGCGGCUGGCACAAGAGAGCAGGAACCUGAUCGGCCUUGGAAGAGCCAGCAGGAGGAUCACCUUUGUCACCAACGGACUGGUCAACAACCUCAGCUCCUAUGGCAUGGACAUCAUGGCCAUGUGCAGUGGAGUCACCACCUACAGGGCUCAGCAAGUUCACGUUUUCCAAGGGCUCCAGGUGAAUCUGGGAUCCUGCAUCACCCUCGAUGUGCUGAGAGUUGUGGAGCUCAAGUACUGCAAUGGCAAUGGCAACUGGAAUGACAACUGGACUGGCCAGUGGGAUCACAACUGGAACCACAACUGGACUGGACAGUGGGAUCACAACUGGAAUCAGAACUGGACUGGCCAGUGGGAUCACAACUGGAAUCAGAACUGGACUGGACAGUGGGAUCACAACUGGAAUGGCCAGUGGGAUCACAACUGGAAUCAGAACUGGACUGGCCAGUGGCAGAACAACUGGAAUAACGAUUGGAAUGACAACAUCAAUGGCAAUUGGAAUGGAAAGUGGAAUAUCACUGGCAACUGGAAUGGAAAUUGGCCGUGCAAUUUCCCGAACUGCAACAACCAACAAAUCAUCCCUGGUCAAGGUUCCCACAUCUCCAUCUCCGGUGUCUCACAAAGCAUGAGCGUCAGUAGCCAAACAAUGGAGGCAAUCAUUGAGCAAAAGAGCAACAGAAUUUCCUGGAAAACCAUCUGGAACUACAACACGGGUAUCAUUGCAACAAAAGUGAUGCAAACGAGGACGUGCUACAUUUCCACCAUGAACAGGAGUGAGAUGCCCACCUUCGCUGCGCUGCUCAGAGUGGCUGCAGAGAGAAGGAACCUGAUGAACCUUGGAAGACCCAGCAGGAGGAUCACCUUUGUCACCAAUGGGCUGGUCAGCAACCUCAGCUCCUACGGGGCACACGUCAUCUCCAUGUGCAGUGGGCUCCCCACCUACAGGGCUCAGGAGGUUCAGGGACCCCUGUACAACCAACAAUCCUGCACCACCCUCGACAUCCUGAGACUUGUGGAGCUGAGGUACUGCAGUGGCCAUGGACACAUCCUGAACUGAGAUCCAGCCCUCAGAGGCCCCAAACCAACCCUGAUCCUGUUCUUCCCUGACAUCCCCUCUUCCAAGAGUUUUGUUCUUGAUGGUUCAGAUGCUGAAACACAUCAUUUGUUGACUAGUGCUUCCAAUUAAAAACCUUUUGCAUAGAUAA